GUGCUUAUAUUUAAUGGAUAGGUUUGUGUCUGUUUGCGCCUGCUUCGGCCGCUGCAGGUGGCUUGGUAGGAAAUAGUUUUGCAGCCAGCAAGAAAGCAAGCAAUCCAAUAAGUACUUUUUUUCGAUGGUAAUUUGCAUAACGAGAAACUAUAAAAUGGGUUUUAUAUUUCGCUAAGCGAUUUUCUUUAAUUUUUUUCCUGGAGUGAACGACUGUUUGGCAACAUUGUUGUUGCAGCUGAAGAGUGGGCUGUCUUAACUGAGCCACAGUGCUCGCUGCAGCAUCAGUAUCGCAGGGAUAUAGGCAAAAUCGAGCCCGGAGUCUUCAGUCUGCUUGUUGUAUCAAACUGUUCAGGUAUACACAUCAGAGCCUAGACAGAGAAUGACUCUUCGGGUACAUACAUCUGUGAAGCCAGGAAAGAAAAUGCAUUCCAGAGUGAUAUCCAAUCAAUGAAAACUGAAUUUAAAUACAAGGGGAGAAUGACAGUUCCUGCUAUGAUUGUACCCAAAAGCAACACAAAAGUGUUAUGCUGUACCCAUACCUGUGUGUGAGGUUGGCAUGAGACUCAGAGGGAGGGAUCCUCAAGGUUCUGCUUUGCCGUGGAUAGCCAACGUUCUAGGAGUUCAGAGUGUGAGACUGCGACUGAGGCUGGAUCGUCACGACAACAAGGGCAAAGGCUGCUGGCAGCUGGUUGACUUGGGUGGUGGGAACGAAAGAAGCUGCCGCAAACUGAGAGAUCGGAUACAACCAGCUUCAUCUCAGAGUCCAAUGAGUAUUCCUGCAGCCUCAGUGCAGAAACAAGACAAUAGUGAAAUGCAAUCGCCUGCAAUGAGUCCCACAUUCAUUCCCGGGCAGAGAGGAAAAAUACCAGGCAGAAAACGGGGGAGACCGCCUCUCCGUUCCACUGUCUCCAAAAUGGAUUUCCAGAAUCGAUACUCCGAGUCCCUUUCGCCCUUGAAAGUACCUAAGAAGAGGGGCCGAAAGCCUGGCUUUAAGCUCAAGUCUCGGAUUGUGAUGACUCCUCUGGCUAUCUCCCCUCCCAGCAGUACCCCCGAGCCAGACAUGAGCUCCAUUCCUCAAGACGCCGCCACCGUUCCUCACUCUGUCACCCCGCAAGUGCUCACAGUUUGCAUUUAUAUAAACAAGCAAGCCAACACAGGUCCUAAUCUUGACAGGAAAAAAGUACAACAGCUUCCAGAUCAUUUUGGGCCAGACAGACCGUCCGUAGUGUUGCAGCAAGCAGUGCAAGCGUGCAUUGACUGCGCUUUCCAGCAAAAGGCUGUCUUCUCUCUGCUCACUCAAGGUUAUGGUGGAGAGAAAAUAUCAGCCACAUUUGAUGGGAAACAGCACCUCCUUAGCCUGCCAGUAGUGAACAGUAUUGGCUAUGUGCUGAGGUUUCUGAAGAAGAUGUGCCGUAGUCUGCAUUGUGAGAAUCUCUUCAGUGAUCAGCCUUUCAUGCAGCACAAUGCAGCCUCCUACCACAGUGAGAAGUACUUUGAGGGAAAUGCACACUCCACAGCAGAAACUUCAAUGCCGGAAGAUUACCUGGUCGACCCCAUAGAUCCGAAGAGAUACUCUGUGGACCCCGCUGACUCUGCGUUUAACUUGAUGAGCUCUCCCUAUCCGCCGAAGCCCUCCUAUGGCUACCGCUCCUGCCAGCAGUUUCCAGGAGGGUCCAUCCCAAUAGGCCUGUGCCGGCAGACAUCCAGCCCCAGCACCUUCCAGGAAGGAAAUAGAAGUGCCUAUAGUCCUUCACCCGAGACACAGGAGACCGCCCCUCCUCUCAGCAAAGACCCCUCCACCUGGACAGUGGAAGAUGUGGUCUGGUUUGUGAAGGAUGCAGACCCCCAUGCUUUGGGGCCACAUGUAGAGAUAUUCAGGAAACAUGAGAUAGAUGGAAACGCUUUGCUUCUCCUGAAGAGUGACAUGAUCAUGAAAUACCUGGGACUGAAGCUCGGGCCGGCAUUGAAACUCUGCUAUCACAUCGAUAAACUAAAACAGGCAAAAUUCUGAAUUUACUGAUGGGGCAGGACAACAUUUGGUAAACGCAUUAAGCAGUGGGGCAAUGCAGGUUAGAGACUAUUUCUGGAAAAUAACUAAUUUGAUUGCAUUUCUAGAAAAUGUAUUACUUUUUAAGUUUUUACCAGUCCCAGGCCAAGUAGAGAUGUGUGCAAGGUGGAAUAAUUACCUGCAGACAAUGCAAAUGAACUGUUAUUUUUGUUUAUUGAGUUUUGGCUGCUAUGUGCCAAAAGGCGUUCUAUAGUUUCAGUGAGCUGUUAUGUACUAAAUAUAUGCCUCAGAACUUUGAUACCACAUUGAUCAUAUAGAGUAGCCAGCUCCAGGUAAACUACUGAAUGAUAAUGGAAAUGAUAUGUGACAUUUUUCUAUGUAAAUCUAGGUUCCUUAUCACAGAGAGACUCAAUAGCCACCUCAAACUCAUUAUUUUGAGAAUUUAGCUUUGGUAGAGGGCUAAGAGAUCUUGGGUCCAAGGACAAUCUAAGGCAAUGGAGUUUGAAAAUGGACACCCAUAUGUACAGCUUCUACUCCUACACCUACUGUCUACAUCACAGCAUUGCCAUGUACAUAUUCAUAAGAGAUACACAACAAUACGUCAUCACCACCUGCUGGGCAUUUAACACAUUACAGCUCACUGUAAUUAGUUACUCAGUAGCAAUCCUAAAUUCAUAUGUGAUUAUCUGCUUCAUCACUGAACGGAGAGAUAUCUUUAUCCACAUGCUACCUACAUUAGAUAUGGGUUGUCUGGCACAUCUCUAAGGCCAUGCUAGUUUUAAAAUGUAAGAUUCAAGUAUGUGUAGGAAUUUAAUUGUUAAAGUAGCUAAACUGUAAGCAGAAACAUGUUUUUGGCAGAGGUUGUUUUGCCAUUACAUUACAACUUAGUCAUGUUUUCCAUUAGAAAUUGAAUGAGUUUAGUUUUUACAUUUAUAUCUCUGUACUGUACAUUUGUUAGGAUUACAAAGAAAUCUUCAGAAGGCAGAUCCACAAUCGGGCAAUUCAAAAAGAAAAAGGCUGUUUUUGUUUGGUAAAGUUUUCCCCUCUGUUGCAUUUCAACUCCACAUUUGCUUCAGGUAUAAAUGGUGUUGAAAAAAAACAUUUUCUAAAGCCAUAUAUAUAUAUACAGUAUAUGGGUUUGAUGUUUUAUAUGUACCUGUGUAUUCCAAUUGAAAAUCAUUUCAUUUCCAAUUAAGCUAGUAAUGUACGUUCAGAAAUAAUUCCCAGUACUAUUGUAUGUUUUCUGGCAAAUUUCUAUUUAGUUUUUGUUGGUUAUUUUUUAAACAUCUAUAUAAGAGAAAGAUAAAUUACAAAUGUACUGUGGGCAAUCUGGACAGUUGUAAACAUUACCGUUUAAUUGCCUUCAUAUACUUCCAGGUGUUUAGCCAUAGAGGCUGCAUCUGCUUGUAUUUGCUUAGGUAGUCUGUCAUGCGCCAUACUUUUUUGGUUCUUGCAGACCUUACUUUCUGCCAUUUUAAAAUGAGAUGAAGACCUGUUAGGAGCAGUUUCAGCUGAAAGCUGAAUCUUGCCUUUUUUUUCUUCCAAAGUAGCUUUAAAAGCGGAGGUACUCGGUGCAAAACACUGGGCCCACAAAAUGCUCUAGCAUUUUAGCUGAACCGUCAAUGUGAUGGGAGCUAGUCCUUUUGGAAGCUUUCAUCUGUGACUGUGUGUGUAUGUGUGUGUGUGUGUAUGUACUGCAUUUGUGUUUUUUUAUUGAUAUCUGUAUGUGAAUGCUGCUUUUUAUGAUAAUAGGUAUAAGUCAAGUUUAAAAAAAAAAUAUAUGUUUAUUAUUGAGAUUCUUAGAGGCACUGGUAUAUUUAUGCAUGCCAGAUAGAUGCUACAUGGAUCACUUCAUGUUGGUGCUAACUUUUAACAUGUGUUUUUCUACAUUAAUAUCAUCAGUUGGGAGUUCAGUUUGGCGAUAAUGACAGUAACAAACUCUUAAAAGUGAGUUUAAAACUGGUGUUAAAACAUUAUGGGCUGUAUUCUGAUGACAGCGCAAAUGCAAGUGCAAGCGCAAACGGCGCUUGCCCCCGAUUCUGUGGCGCAAAAAUGGAGUGGAGACGUAAAAUAAAAAAACAUUGCGCUGAAAUGGUAUUCUGAAGACGUGUCCUGGACCGUUAUAUAGCGCCUGCCCCAUCGCAUGUCGGCAUAAAUUUCAGGGUGUGAUAUCAUUAACAUAUUCGCCGAAGCGAUUCUGAUGACAGUGCAGUGGGGUCCCAAAUAGACAAUUGAGCACUGCGUUAAGACCCGCUGAAACCAGGUUUAUUUAGUGGUGCAUCAGGAACUUUUAACAAUUGAACACACUAUAUAAAAAGCUAAGUAGUCCUAAGUAGCAACUGUGUGUGCUUGGACUGACAUAGAAAGAGGAAAUCAAAGAAAGAAAAGUAAAAGAUAAGAAAAAAGACAACAAAAAUAAUAAUAAACAAAUAUAUGAAUUAAAAAAAAAAAUCCUAUUUUGCAGAUUUUCACGAGGACUGUAGCAAUUUAUUUUCAUGGCAAUUAUUACAAGUGAAAAUAUUUCCAUGCAGUAUAUGGAGAGCAGCAUAAGAGGAGCAACGUGAUGCGGCACUUCAUGUCCUGCUAGAAAAUGAAUCAGCUGCUGCUACUGGUAGACAGAUCAGGGAGGGUAGUAAGUAUUUUACACUUUACAUGUAGUAAUGUCAAUGCCAUGAAAUCAUGUACCUUGUAUAAUUAUAAAUAAUAAAUGAUUGCCGUACGUGCCGCUACCUCUUCUAUUAAUAUAGCAAUCUUCUGUGUUGUGAAGCAUGGUUUACGUAUUCUCUCGGCAAGUGACCUACUACUUGCUGUUCUGACUCGUGCUGCUUGUUCUGUGGUACUGCCCAUCGACAUGAUCGCCACUUCUAUAUUCAAAACGGAGCCUUGCUGUGAUGCAAGUGCAUUCUGUCUCUUAAAGGGAUUGUUGCCUGGCUCUGAUUGGAUAGCAGAUUCCCCAACCUACUCAACAUUGAUUGGCUGGGCAUUGUCGCUGCGCCACUAAACACGCUUGCGCUGGGUUUUUAUUUUGAUCAGAAUCACACUUUUGGAGAAGCCACGCCCUAUGGGGCAGACGCGUUUGACUUUAACCACUGCGUCUGCGAUUGCACUCGUUUCAUCAGAAUCGAGCCCUAUAGCUUUAUACAAAGAAGCAUUGCACAUACUGUAUCUUGACACUACUCAUAAACCUGACAUUUAUGAAGUACUGUCGUUAUGUCGAGGCAUUAGAAAAAUAAGCUUGGCAGUCAGGUUGCAUCUUAUCAAAGCUCAUCUUUUGUCGCUCAUUUUGUGUCACGUUUUUGGCGUAGUUUGAAAGUUAAAACAACUGUUUUGUCAACAAAGAGGGUAAAUUAUGUUUUCGUACGUCUGUGUUUUUUUUUCUUUUGAGUUUAAAUAGAAUUUUAGUAUUUUGCAGCACUCAUCCAUAUCUUUUAAUAAUCAGUGUAAUACUGAUGACGGCAUUAUCCAAAAACUUUUGUCUGCUUGACUUAUUGUUUUACCUCAGUUUUGCAGCAUUUCAUGUUAAGUUUCUUUAUUUGUAGUAACACUGCUGGCUGUACACAGGUACUAUAUCCAGGAGAAACUGCUAUGUGCAGUAUAGCUCCAGUAACUGGUCUAUGGGGUGAGUUUCAUAAAAUCCAGAAGGAUUUACCAACACAAGGACAAGAGGGAUCAUCCUCAUCUCAUUUUAUACUUGAAACUGCCAAGAGAAUCAACUUGCAUCGUCCAAAGGCACCUGCAGAAUACAAACAAUAAAUCUGUUUACCUGUUCAUAUUGCUUACCUUGAUAUACUAGUAACUUCUUGAUUGUGGUGUGUUUUGUUUGGCAAUAUUGUCACAGCUGUUCUCGUCAUAGAUGUUAGAAUACAAAUUGUGUGAUUUAUUUUAUUCACGGGUGUAUUCAGUGAACUAUUGAAUUUACUGAAUGGCAUUCUAGAUUUAACCAAACUGCUUAUCAUCCAGCCAUCACACCAUGCUCUCGUUUCAAUUUGUUAAGCUGUCACAUUUUCACUUAUACAAGGUUUACUUAUGUGUUUCUUGCCACUAUUUUCCGCCUCCAAAGAGAUCCAAGUUGAGUAAAGUACCAGUUUGCUUGCAAAUGCCUGGAACAGACAUCGUUCAUUAUCAUGAAACUGCUUCAACAAAUACCAAAAGGCUGGCUAGUUAGUGUUCCAAGAACCACAGUUUAACUGCACCUUAAUCCACUUGACAUGGAGCACUUUUUCAUUUAUUUCAGAAGCACUUGGAACACGUUGAUAAACACGUUAGUCUUCUGUGUGUUUUAAAUACUCUACGCUCUUUCUGGAACAGGGUCAUGUGGUCGCAACCACAAUUCAGCUGUGUCCAGUGUGUAAAGGAAUUAACGUGUUCUGAUCCUUCUGACAGUUUGCAAUUUAACUGCUGUGCAGAUACCGCGGGGCUCUCGUUUCCCAGUAUUUUGACGUUACACCUUUUAAGAAGACGUGAGCAGUUACUGGUUAUAACAGGCGUGUAUGUUUAAUCAUUUCAUUAAGUAACAGUUCAGUUCACAUCAUGAUAGUUGGUUUCAAGUUCAAGGUUAUAACUGCCUUGGCAGAUUUGCUGUGAGAUCUCAAAAGCAGAACUGGUGCCUGUUGUUAUUGCAUUGUGACUACAUUGCAUGUCGUCGUCUGCCACAAGUAAUUAAAAUAAAGAUGAGUGUUUUUUUUUAAGUUAAUGUUAUGAUGUUAUGUUAUGUAGUUCUAGAACUUCAGCUGUCGAAUCAGUCCACCUAUAAUAACUUAAUGCACCUUUACAUACGGACACAGGGUUAGCUAUAAAUUGGUUUUGAUAGGCCCAGGGGAAAGGUCAAGAUGGGCUUGUUCAGUUAUGCAGUGCAUUAUCAAUGUUACAAAUGAAACUACUGAAGUGACCCAGCUGUCCACUCACUCGCUCACAAUAUGCAGCGACAGAGAUUUGUUUCCAUUUCUGACUAUGGGGAAAUUGGCAGUUGAGGAAUGUUGAUUUGAAGGAAAAAUCUUUUCUAGUUUUGAUCAGAUUGGCAGAAGUUAAUAGUCCUUUUAGUGGUGAAUUUAAAGGAAACAAAAGAUGUACAGAUAUUUUGGGCACUAAGAAUUGUAAAUACAGAAAUACAAAAUAAAAAGUUUGUGUUGCAGGCGCUUCUUUCAGGUUUAUACCAGGACAGGACACAACCUUAAUAUAGAGGUAUUUAGAAAAAUGCGCAGUGGGGGCUUUCAGUGUUUUUGUGUACCCUUUGAAAUCAUUUUCAAGCAGUUCUAUGUAUACAGUAUUUCAAAAGUAUUUUAGUGGAUUACUCCUUAUUGGCUAGAAAAGGGAGAGUACAGUAUUUUACCAUGCUGUUACUGUGCCUGAGUUGAGUAGUGCUCACAUUGUGAUUAUGCACCUGUGGUGCUUUUUUGAAUACCAUUCUUACAAGAGUGACAUUCUUUCUUGAAAAGAGAGUUUUAUAUAUAUAUAUAUAUAUAUCUAUAUAUAUAUAUAUAUAUAUAUAUAUAUAUAUAUAUAUAAUUUCUGUUGAUCAAUUUAUUAUCCCAUCGAUUAAUGACACCUGUUUGCUAGUGAUAUCAAAUUGUAUUGAAAGACAAUUACAAGUACAGGUAAUACAAAGUAUUAACAUAAUGCUGUUGUAACCUGCCGAUCAGUGAAAGAAAACCUCUUCCAGGCAGAUGUUUGUGAAACCAGUCCAGGUAACGUUUAUUCUUGUGUCUCCCGGAUAUACAGGUACUUGUUUAUGCCUUUUCUGAUUAUACAAACAGGAAUAUGAACUGCUAUUCUUUCAAGUUUCCAGCUGCCAAUAUAAUGCACUACAAGCAGUGUGGCACAUAACAUCACUCUAUGAAUCAGUACAACUGUAACACACAUUGUGUUUUGAUGAUUACAUUUAGAAUGUUAGGGUUUAGAUUAUAUGUAAGUUACACUACGGCAAAUGUUUCAUAAUGCCAGCUAAUGUUUCCUAUACAUAUAUUACAGCACUUGCAUGUAAUUUGACAGUUUGAAUAUAUUUGCUUACAUGUAAUUGGAAGUUAGCCAAAGGGCUCACAUCUUUUUUUUUUUUUUUUUUUUUAAUCAAUGGUGCUAAGGAUGGGUAUAGUGCUUUUAAAAGCAAAAAAUGGAAGAUGUGUUACUGAUUGUUUGGAAUGUCAAGAUGUAUUGGUUUAUUUGAGUCACUCUUUUUUGCAUGUUUAACGAUCGAAUAAUGACGUUUUUUGACUGACUAUAAUAAAGUAACAUUUAAAGUGAAAGAAAAAAAUGUCUUUAGCUUUCUUCAGCUUCCGUAUCAAUGCUCCUAACAGCAAACACAACAACUAUAUACACUACAUAGUUAAAUCACAAAGCCAGCCAGUUUGUCAGACAUUUUUCUAUAUUCAUUUUCUGAUACAGUUUGAAUAAAUACAUUGAAUAAAAAGAAAAAUCAACUUACUUGCGACUAAGGUGAUACAAUAAACUUGUAGUACUGCUGUGAAAGGAAAGAAAGGUGAGCAAGUGCUGCAAGUUGCAGUCUGUUUGUCUUCAUUCAGAGAGAUUGUGAGAUAUUGGGUGUAGCUUCCAGUCAGUACCCUCUACUAUUUUUCAGGAUUUGUUUUUGUGAUACAGCACUCAGGUAUACAAGAUGAAUCGAUCAAUUAUUUUUUAAUCAAUCAAAGCCCACAGGUGUGAUUAAUCAAUUAAAACCCCCAAAUAUAUAUAUAUAUAUAUAUAUAUAUAUAUGUAUAUAUAUAUAUAUAUAUAUAGCAGGUUUUCUAUCAAGAGGAAAUGACACAUGAAUUGCAUUGGGCCACAGGAUACAUAUUUUUGCCUGGGUAAUUCUCUAAGUGAUCAGUUAUCUACUACUCUAUGUAUAAUGUGUGUUUUUCUUUUAAGUAUUUUAAACAAAGGGCAGCUAUGUUAAGUAAUUUUACUAUUUAGAGACAUUUUUAACAGUCUGUUUAGUUUUUUCUUUGUAGUUAUGGCAAGCAUGACAUCCCUGUGAGAAUUGCUGUUACAAUUUACUGUGGUUAAAUCAGUAUUCUCACCAUACGUGCUCUGUAAAGACUGACUUAGAAAUGUUAAGAUGUCCAAUAUACAGUUGUAGCACUUGAUUCACUAUGUAUUUUACUACAGGAGCUUCAGGCAGUUACCUGGGUUGGUCUGGCCGUGUUUGUCUUGUAUUUGUUAUGAAAUGUCCCUAUGAGCAGGAUGUGAUGUGCUAAAUCAUAAAGAGGCUUCGCCAGUUAUAUUUAACAGACCUUGUUUUCAUUAUUUACACAGUAUGGGCUAUUCUGCAGUAAAGGCCACUCACCAGCUAACCUUGUUACAACCAGCACUCACUGUAUACUAACUAUCCUCUUUCCUUCUGUAAGACAGAGUUUACACAUAACCAGCUAUCACAGCAGCACAAUUUGGUCAGAUCAAGUUAAACAGUCGUCAACUUUGUUACACAAUUUAGUAGCAGGAAUAUGGGCUCCAGGAUAUCCUAGUUCAGAGGCACACUACUGCAGCAUAGCCCAUAUACUGUUCAGGGUAAUGUAUUGUAUUGUGAUGUACUGAUGUAUUUCACAAUGGGUUUAUGAAGUAAAGAUUAGACUAAAGGUUUCUACUGAAGCCUGUGAUCCAUAACCUGUGCCAUCAAAUCGGUAUUAAAUACUUUUGCCAUGCAUAGUAUUAUUUUUUUUAUUUUUAUUUGUAGAAAUGUCUAGUAGUUACUGGUUGGGAAAACACCUGUUACCUCUUUUCAUCUUGCACAAUGCAACAUUGCUGCAAUAUACCAUAAUACAAUUACAUACCAUUCCCAUAUCAUACAUUCAUUUAAAUUGUGUCCUUCACGAACAAAUAUCCUGUGGUGCUUUUAAAGAAUAGAAAUUUAAAAAGUUGCUGACUGCUAGACUAGUGAAGUCUGAAUCAAGACUUGAAAAUAUCAGUCUUGGCGAAUAGAAACCAAAGCAAGCGGGGAUUCAUUUCUAAACGCGGUGGCAUUGGGGUUCAUUGAAAACAGUGAGGCUCAAAUAUAUUACUAGCUUUUCUAUAGUUCCGUAAUGUAGCAAAUAAACAAACGGUUCUUAGGUGCCUGCCUGGUACACAUGUGGAAGUUUCUGAUCCCAGGUGGUGUGUAAGUCUUUAGUAUUCAGUAUUACAGUUUGUUAAAAUACUUUUCUUAGGGAAUGGAUCAACAGAUUUGUUUCUCAUUUUCACUACAGUCCAUCUAUUUAUAACAGUUGUAAAUUACUUAGAGAUGUGUGUUUAUGAAAUAAAGUGCAGCUACACAGAAUAGUGAAUAUUCCUAUUGUAUAUUACUGUUCAUUCUUUGUGUUGUGGCAGGCAUCUGAAAUGGAUCAGUUAAAAAAGCUAAUCUAAAGUCUGCCAGGUAUUAGUCAGAUAUUGUUUUCUUUUUUGCCAUGUGAAGUGAUUGACUUUUUGGCUGCUUUAGGCUCUGAUUUUGUAAAGACUGUUAUUGUUUUUGUAAUCUAUGACUUUUUAUUUAAGACGCACAUUGUUCUGUAAAGUGCUGUAUGGUGUUGUAUGUUUUAAAGUUUGCACAACAUGUAAACUGCUUCAAUAAAAGAAUCUUAAAUGUGUAUCAAAAUAA